GCCAGCAUUGUUGAUCCGAGAAUCUUCAACAUUAAAGAAAGAAGUAUAUCGGAUGAAGUUGCGAAUAGAACGUAGCCCUGUACCAGGAUCGCCCAGGUCAGAGUCGCAGGGAGCAUGGUCCAUGUCGAUGUUUUUCUGGACGUUCCUCGCAUUUUCUGUUGGAUUCAACGCUACGAAAUCAAUAUCCUACAAUGCGGAGUAUUUGGCUACUUUGCAGAAGAAUUUCUCUCCUCUUUCGACAUCACCGACUUCAGUUGUUUCAUCGGCGACGAAUUCGACCACGACUGGAGACGCAACCGAGCCAGCUAUUCAAAAACCAAGUAUCAACGACGAGGAAAUUGAUACGAGAGCGAUCGAUCAAACUGACAAACCAUCCCCAACCACAGAAGAACAUGCCAACAAAACGACUUCAAAAACUAGCAAACAAACAUCCACUGUAAAAGAAAUCAAGCCAGCUAUUCAAAAACCAAGUAUCAACGACGAGGAAAUUGAUACGAGAGCGAUCGAUCAAACUGACAAACCAUCCCCAACCACAGAAGAACAUGCCAACAAAACGACUUCAAAAACUAGCAAACAAACAUCCACUGUAAAAGAAAUCAAGCCAGCUAUUCAAAAACCAAGUAUCAACGACGAGGAAAUUGAUACGAGAGCGAUCGAUCAAACUGACAAACCAUCCCCAACCACAGAAGAACAUGCCAACAAAACGACUUCAAAAACAAGCAAACAAACAUCCACUGUAAAAGAAAUCGAAAACCCGCCUCUGUCGAACCAUACCAAUGCAACCAUUCCUGGAGACGAAGAACCAAUUGAAUUCAAAAGAUACGAAAAGGUUGUCAUUGCCACAAAAAUCCACGGUCCACACCAGUGGACGCUUGUAGAACAAUCCUUGUGUCUAUUGCAUUUUGCGUACAACCACAAGGUUCUCUACGAUAUUGUCGUAUUUUCGGCAGAACCGAUUCCCAACGAAAAAAUCGAAGAAUUUCGAAAGGUUGUCGCUCCCGCCAAAUUCGAUGUCGUUAUGGACAAUAUAGGCUUACAGGAGGAGAUUGCCGCCUUGACUCCAGAAAAACGAGAAUUAUUUUUGGAGCGGUGCCAAGUGAAGUCUCCAGGAAAUUUGACAUGGUUUUCGAAUUGCAGAGAUCCUAAACGCAGGAAAGGUAAUCGGUUGGCCUACAACUGGCAAGCAGAGUUCCGAUCGGUUCGCGUCUGGGAGCACCCCGCCCUGGAUAAAUACAAGUACAUGCUUUGGAUCGACUCGGACGGCUUCUCGUCCAGACCGUGGAAGAAGGAUCCCGUGGAGUAUUUUAUUAAAAACAAGGGCGUGAUCAUGUUUGAUAAUUUUCCGCAAGGAUCAACUAAACAGUUUACGAAAGAAAUCGUUGAUUCUUUCAAUGCUACCGUAUGUGACUUGGAAUUGGACAAACAGAAAGGUCAGCUAAAAAGAAACUUGAUAACCCACGAGGAAUAUGGGAUACUUGUAAAUGGGAACAAAAACAAAACAGUGAAUUGCUCGGACGCAAAUAUUUCUAUGAUUCACGGGUUCAUGCACAUUACAGAUCUCGAUUUUUAUCGUCAGCCAAAGGUCAUCAAUGGAUUGAAGGGUUUGCUUGGAAAUUGUUUUCUGUGUCGGAGACCAGACGACCAACUCGCCGUAACCAUACCGGCGGCUAUCUAUGCACCGGAAAAGUCAUGGGACAUGCGCAUGCAUGGCUUCAAUUUGGGCGUUGUUCAUAACUUUUUCGUAGAUGGACACGAAAAAAACAAACCACCCGGGUUCAGCAGGUGGUGGUAUGAGGGUGGGAAAAAGCAACUUCCACGUGCCGACAAGGUCUGCAAGGUUAUACACAGAGAAUGAAAAGAUUUUGUUGGAGUUUUCUUGAGCCGGUCAGAGGGUUCAAUACACUUGCUUCACGGCG